ACCCCUCCUCCCCACAUGGACUCAUCCCUCAUCGAGCACUAUAAAAAGUCUGUUCUUGCUGAAGUUCUGCAGUCUCGACAAGAACUCCACCAGACCACCAUCAUGAAAUUUGUGGCUCUCACUCUUGCCCUUCUCCUGGCUGUCGGCUCUCAGGCCGCUUCCUUGCCAGAUCCACCUACCCAACUGGCCCACGUCCGGGCUGCUGCGGAUCUCUACCUGACUCAGUUGAAGGAAAGUGCCAACAGAGCCCUGGCACAGCUGGAUGACACUGAAUACAAGGAGAUCAAGGACAGCGUGUCUCAGCACAUAGAGAACUUCCACACUCAGCUCAAGGCUCUGCAGGCUCAGGUCUCCCCAGUCACUGACAGCGUCGUCAGCACCAUCUCUGAUGCCACUGCUGAUCUCCGUACUUCCCUGAUAGCUGAUCUCGAUCAACUGAAGGCUGACAUCGAGCCCAAGCGUGUAGCUCUGAGAGCGGUCAUUGAAAAGCAUCUUGAUGAGUACAAAACCGAGCUGGAGCCCAUCAUGAAAGAAUACUACGUGAAGCACACAAAUGACAUGGCUGUCCUCAAGGAAAAGUUGGAGCCAGUUGUCGAGUCUCUGCAGGCUAAGGUGUCCACCAAUCUAGAGGAGACCAAGGCCGCCCUGGCACCAAUUGUGGAGACAGUGCGCGCCAAGCUUUCUGAGCGUCUGGAGGCUCUGAAGCAGUUGGCUACUCCCUACGUCGAAGAAUACAAGGAGCAGCUGAAGAAUGUCUACACCCAGGCCCAGGGUGCCGAUGGAGAAGCACUGAAGGCAAAGAUUGCACCUUUAGCUGAUGACAUCAAGUCCAAGCUCCAGGCUAUCUUCCAGAUCAUCACUGCUUCCGUCACCAAGAACUAAAUCCUCCCAACCCUGUUCCUGUAACUAACCUCACAUACCUGUCUUGUUUUAGAUCCAUUCCACCUUUCUCUCUAUUCUAUCUUUCCUCACGGGGACCACCUCCCAAAAUGAAGCCGAUGCCUGACUGGUGCACUCGUUCACAACAAAAUGGCUGGACUCUUGCUCUCUCUCUUUCCCAUGCAAACACCUUACUUCAUGCACACAUGCUUAAGCACAUGCAGGCAAACACACACACACAGACACACACAUACACAGCACACUUGCUUUCAUGCUUUGCUCUUUGCAUACCAUGGCCAACUGCUUACAUUUUGUGUAGGAAUUGUAUGUGAAUUAACACAAGUGCCUGGACCUCUGUGUAAUGAUGCUUGUCUGAAAACUGUGCUUUGAUGAAAUACAGCUCAAUAAACAUCUGACUGUACUACUA